AUGGAAGGAGAGCUCUCGGCCGCACAGGCAUGCAUUAAGAAAGCUAGUAAGUACAUGUGCAACUCCAAAGCGCCGAAGAUCGGAAUCGAAAUAAUUGGGAAUAAAUUACACCCGGAGGUCCCCCGCGGAAUUCACCUUACCGGCCACCAUCAACCACACGUAUGCAGUUUCGUAGCAAUCGAUCCACUGACGACGACGACAACGCCAAUGGCCCAACGCACACUUCAUCCGGCAUACCUACGGAGAGUGCGCAGCGCAGCGAUCGGUGGUUCUGCGAAAGCAGCAAAAAGUUGCACGUUCUCUAUCUCGAAGAAAACUGAGCUAGCAACAGAAGAAACUGGAAACAUUGCUUCGCCGGCAGUGGCUUCAGAAAAGGAAGAAGAAGUGAUCGCUUCGCUGGUUACGGAACUACCGGAAAAGAAGCCGCUGGGAAUAUCCCUGCUUCCGACAGCAAUUGUGAAGGUGCGCAGCAGCGACGGGAGCUACAUUCGAGCUAGAGUGCUCAUCGAUUCUGGAUCGCAAGCAUCGCUGAUAAAGGAAGAUUGUGUUCAGAAGUUGGAGCUGCCAAGAAGAAACGGCAAACUGAUUGUGAGUGGUCUUGGGCAGCAAGAGGCUGGAACAACACGCGGCGUUGUCAUGCUAAACAUAGCUUCCCGGUUCGACGACAUCGUGGUUAUCACUACAGAAGCCUUUAUUCUAGGGAACGAAGAGAAUGAAGAUAACCUCAAUGACUUGGCAGCUCCGGAAUUCAACCGACCGGGUCCGAUAGACAUUAUUCUUGGAUCGGACGUCUUUCUUGCGCUCUUGGAAGGAGGCCAGGUCAAAGACGAAAGCGGCCUAACGGUGGCCCAACGCACUGUCUUUGGAUGGAUAGUUGCAGGGAGAUACGACGACGAAUUUGUUGUUCACUGCAAUCAUGCUAUCAUCAAUCUACACACAGAUAUUGAUGUGAACCACACUUUACGACAAUUCUGGGAGCAGGAGGAGAUCUUUAAAAAACCAUCUCUAACUCCUUCUGAACAGCAAGUCACUGAACACUUCAGGUCGAUACUUUCACGUGACAACAGCGGGCGCUUCAUCGUCAGAUUGCCAUUUGACAAUUCGAAGCCAGCGCUUGGCGACUCACUUUCCACCGCAACAAAACGAUUAUUAUCAAUAGAAAGGCGAUUCCGGCUCCAACCAGAGUACCAGCAAGAGUACACUGCUUUCCUUCAUGAGUACUUGGAGCUCGGUCACAUGGAAGAGGUUCCAGACGAUCAAGUGAAUAAGGAUAGCAGCGAAUGUUACUAUUUACCGCACCAUGCGGUGAUCAAACAAGAUAGUACCACGACGAAAUUACGCGUUGUGUUUGACGCGUCUUGUGCGUCAUCAUCGGGAAUUUCACUCAACGACCGAUUACUGGCAGGACCCAACAAUAACGCAGACCUAUUGUCAGUAUCCUUACGUUUCUGUUCAUACAAGGUGGCAUUCUGUGCAGACGUUGCCAAGAUGUAUCGCCAGGUACUUAUGCACCCGGCAGAUCGGGAUUACCAACGCAUCGUUUUUCGGAUGGAGCCAGAUAAACCGAUUAAGCACUAUCGUCUCUGCACAGUGACAUACGGGACCAAAACUGCACCAUACUUAGCAAUCGAGUCAAUGAAAGAAGCAGCCAAGGCGGACGCGGAUGUCUACCCCCACGCAGUAGAGUGCAUCAAACAUGAUUUCUAUGUGGACGACUUCUUAUCAGGCGCGGACGACGAAAACGAAGUAAUUUGCUUAAAACAACAAGUGACUGAAAUCCUAUCGGCAGCGGGAUUCAAAUUACGGAAAUGGGCCUCAAACUACAAAUAUCUUAUAACUGAGGACUCUGCAGACGAGCUAUCAGCGGUACCAGUAAAACUCUUCGAUCAAGGAGAGGCAAUUAAGGCUUUAGGAAUUCAGUGGCUUCCAAUGCAGGACGAAUAUUGA